AAAUUGGCAAGUUGUGCAAAUGGCUAGUUUUGAUCUUAGUCAUUUUUGUCACAAGUAUUUGACACAGGUGAGCGGUUGUAGCACCUCAUUAAAUCCCUAGCAAGCUAAUUUCUUAUAGCGGCCCACCAGGGUUUCUGUUUGGUGUCACAAGGUGGUUUCUACAGAAAACAUUAGAGCUAUGUUGAAUGUUUUUGAAGCUGCAAGACACUGAAUAUUGUAGGUUAACCUCACUGUAAAGACUGGAACAAGUAGCUUGUGUAUUUUCCAUUUAAAAAAAACCAAAAACUGCCAUUAAUGUUAUUUGUUUUAUGGGCAUUACAAAAUAAAUCAAUGGCAACACAGCUAACGUAAUCCCCUUUCUCUCUCUUUCAUUUUUGGUGCUCCUUUUCUUUAAUUUUUCCUCCCCUUUGGUGCCACUGUUGUUCCCUUGUGUACAGUCAAAAAUGAUAUCACCUCUAACUUGAUGCUUUUUGUCCACGUGACUUGGUGCUGGAUGGCUACUGAGUUUAUUAAUUUGGUUUUGUAUGUUUUUUCUGUGUGAUUAUGUGUGCAUAUCAGAUGACUAGACUGGCCCAGCUGUUACACUACACUAGCCUGAGUCAGGCAUUGUUUUCCAAGCCACUAUCCCCGAUCGGGCCAACGCAGCCUUCAAGGGGGAAUGUGACCAGGAGAAUAGCCCGCUGAACCUUCCAAGAUGGACACCUUGUCUCUUUUUAUUUAUUUUUCUUUUCUUUUGCUGCAGCUUGUGUGUGAUUGAAUUCUGUCCAGGUUGCUACGGCAUACCGGUGGGAUGUGUAUUACACAUGGGAUGCUAGGAGGAUCACUAACCCUUUACUCUCUUGUCUCCUACUCCCGUUGAUGUAGUGAGGGGCUAGACAUUACAAAAGUGAGACCCAGUAAUAAAAAUUUGUACCUAAUUUGAAAAUAGAAGCUUAAAUUCUAUGUGCACUUAUGAUCUGGAGUGACUUAAGAGUUUUCCCCUCACAUUACUACACUACAGCUUUGAUGUGGAUGUUGAGUAUUUAAUAAUAACACAGAAAUGAUCAAUUUAACAUCAUUUUCUCUUUGAACUUGGAAAUUCGUGACACAUGCAUUAAUGUUUUGCGUCGUUGUUUGUUUUGAAAUAUUUCUUAGCACUAGAAGUGUUAGGAAACUUGUCGUAUUACAAAAAUGGUCAUUCAUGCUCAGUGCCUCCAGCUAUAAUGAACUGAAUUUGUAGUUAUUUUGUCUCUUAUUACCUCUUCUCCAGCAGAUUUUAAUCCAGAAUGGAAUGAGCAAAAUUCCUAAAUUCGUUGUUUUUAUAGCUAAGUCUUGGCUAACAUUUCCUACAGUUCUUAAAAUUGUUGUUCUUUUCUGUAUCUGAUGUUCUGUGUGCUAUUAGUGAUGCAGCCAUUGGGGUUGUCUUGUGUUGCACACCUUUCCAACACUGCGAAACGAUCGCCCCACGGAAAAGCGCCCAUGCUUGAUAUCGUAUGGUUCAUGACCAAUAUGUUUCCAGUACAGGGAAAAUCCCAGAAGAGGCCAAGGCCUUGUCACUAUUGGCACCUGUCACUCCAGUACCCAGUCUGAUUCCUGGCGGGGGACUGCUACCAAUUCCUACUCCAGCUCCACUUCAGAAUCUGAACCUCCCGUUAGUGAAUCGGAUGUCAGCCACUCUUGACCCCACAGCAUCUGUGCACUCCCAGCCCCCCCUCAUGGGAAAUGUGGAUCCCUCAAAAAUCGAUGAAAUCAGGAGGACUGUGUAUGUUGGCAACUUAAACUCACAGACCACAACUGCAGAGCAGCUGUUGGAGUUCUUCAAGCAGGUCGGAGAUGUAAAGUUUGUGCGAAUGGCUGGAGAUGAGACACAGCCGACACGUUUCGCCUUCGUAGAGUUUGUUGAGCAAGAGUCUGUUGCCAGAGCCCUGACCUUCAAUGGAGUCAUGUUUGGGGACAGACCCCUGAAGGUUAAUCAUUCCAAUAAUGCCAUAGUGAAACCCCCAGAGCUGACGCCACAGGCUGCUGCUAAGGAGCUAGAAAAUGUGAUGAAGAGGGUGAGGGAGGCCCAGUCCACCAUUGCUGCUGCCAUAGAACCAGACACGAAGACGCGAUCCUUAAGUCAGUCUGGAAGGUCACGCCGGUCGCGCUCGCGGUCACACUCCCGUUCACACUCAAGAACGCGCAGGAAAAGGUCCCAUUCGAAACACAGGCCAUCGCAGAGGUCGUGGCCCAGGAGCGACUCCCACAGUUCCCGAAGCAGCCACAGGAGGCAGUCUCGCUCCAGGGACAGGAGACACAGUCGUAGUCGCUCAAGGGGCCACAGGAGAAGGAGUAAGGAUCGAUCCAGGAGCCCUCGGAGGAAAGCCAGAUCUCCCUCCCCAAAACGAGGUAAGAAAGACAAGAGGAGGGAGCGCAGCAGGGACAGAAAGGAACGCUCCACAUCAAGGAAGAGGAGCCGCAAAGACGAGGACAGGAUAAAGAACAAGGCCAAGCCAAUGAAGGUGGAAAGGGACUAUGGCAGAGAAGAAAAGGAAGACUAUGAAAGUGACAGAGAAGACUCAGCCACACCCAGUGAGGACAUGACACCAUCGCCCUGCGUCCAGCACAAUGGCAGCUACAAGACUCACAGCGAGGAGGACGCCUCCAUGGGUGCAGACGGCACCAAGUGACUGUUACACAUUACGGAAACGAAUCCUGUUCCAUCAGAUGAUCUCAUCAACACCCACUGCGUGCGUAUACAUCCAUAAACACCGGAUAACCACUCACAGCAGUGUGUUUUCCCCAUCAUCGUCUCCUGUUUUAGAACCUGAUUUUUGAUAAAGUACGUUCUUGGCAACACACAGAUCCUGUAAUUCAACUCAUUUUCAGCGUCCCACCUAAAGUGCAAGUGAGCACUCAGCAUAGCAGAGAUAGCCCCAACUUUUCUGCUUAGCAGGCCAGUUGAUGAUAUUGAAACUUUUAAUGUAACACAACAAUACAACACUGCAAGCUCAGAAACUACAGUAUGGGGGAGUCAGCACCUCAGCAAAAACUGUACAUUAUAAUCUAAUUGAACUGGAUUGCACAAUAUUGGACAUAUUGUGCGGUGCCCUUCAUGGCUUGAAUAACCCAAGCACUUGUAUUGUGUCCAUGUAGAUACUAACACCUGGACCAGCAGUUUAGAAAAACCUCUGCAGGCCCGUACCAGCUGCAUAGCUAACGAGACUAUUCAUAGUCUGUCACCACAGGAUCAACAAUGUCUCCCUACCCACGACUUCUGGAGCUCUCUCAGAAAAGUCGUGCCAGAACCAAGCCGAGGUCCCACAGGACUGGUUUUAACUUCAGAUCGGUCCUAAAAUGUUUCUCUCCAUUCCUUCAGUGACACCCUGACCGUACACUUCAAUAGUCCAAAAAGCAUUUCAAGCCUCUAUAAUGAUUAUUUAUGUCAUGCUGUAGUAUAUAUGACAUUUCCUUAAAAAUGUUUUUGUCUUAGUAUUGCAAAUAGCAAUAUGCUGCUAUAAUCAGUAACAAAAUGUUUUCGUCUUAAAUUAUGUUUUAUUUAUUUGAGAUCAGAACUGCAAUGGUUUUCAAUGGUAGAGAGAUUUUAAAAUGUUGACAUUCACCGUAAUUACUACACAAGGCCUACAUGCCUGCGGUGCAUGAGAAUCAGUGGAAAAGUAGGGUUUUUUUAAGUAAAUAUCACAACGGAGAAACAAAGAGGAGUUGCUAAAUGCAGAAAAGUGAUAAAAAUGAAUCUGCGCUCUACUGUACAUUCAAAUGCAGGCACUUAAAAGCACAAAAAAGGCUUGAGCUGGCAGCUAUUCUGGGUUGCAUCACAUUUCAAGCUUUAUUCACCUCCUCAGGCAGCAUUUAAUGCAAACUAUUAGAACUCUAUAGCAAUUAGAAACUGCAGUAAAACUUUAUCAUACUGUGAGCUCAAUCUGCGUCUGGCUCUGUUUGACUGUGACUUCAGUUUCAUUGGUAACUGAGUAAAAUAUGAACAGCAGAAUUUGAUUUUAUGGAUGUUCUAAUACAUUCAGUAAGUGUCUCAGGGCCCCCAGUUAGGUUUCUUACAUGGCCUUUCAUAUAUCAUAUGGCCACGGUUUUCAGGGAGAGUAAUGCAGCCCAAAAAAGUACUUGAUACUGUAUGUUGCAUCAGUUGCAUAUGUCAAAACAUAAAUAAAAAAUACUUCCUGUAAAAUAAUGAUUUAUUAUAUAAUCCAGGAAGUACCCGUUAAAACAAACUAUUUUACCAACUAAACCAGCUCUAUUCAUUAGCCAGCUAAAAUGUUCAUUAAAACCUAGGACCUCUCCUUUCAUGUCAUUGAAUUUAUGAAACACUGAUGUGAAAAUUAAAUUUACUUCUCACUUUUUGAGGUUUCGUCAGUUUAAAGUGUUGUUCUUAUUCUGCUGCUGUGACCCUGGUGUGGUUGAGACAGGAACUUCCCAUAUUCUGUUUACUUAUUUACUGAGUGUGAAAAAAUGGUACAUUACAUGUUUAAUACAUGUUCCUUGAUCAAAGAGUGAAAAACACUGGAACGGUGAAAAGAUCUCUGAUGUUGAAAUGCUCACUUGCCCUUUUUGUGUUGUUUAAGGAAAAUGUGAACUACAAGGUCUGUGAAGUGUCCUUUAUUCCCAGUUUUGCACCAUUUGCCUCUGUCAUCUGGGAACUGGGGUGUCCUGCAAAAUGUACGGUGUUGAUUUUAUGACUUGAAGUGUUUUAAUUAUGAGAAUGCAGAGUACAACGUUUCAGUGAGCCUGUCUCUAAAAUACUAUCCUAAAAAGAUAAAUUUUUCCUUUGGUCAACAUGAAUACAUUGCUUUAUUUCCUAAUUUUGUUUUGUGGGUGUACAUGUUUGCAUUUUUUUAUAUUUCUGAUAACCAGUUGUUUCAAAAAGAUCAUAAUGUAUCAUGUUCCUUUUCCUGUCUUUUGUUGUAAUACUGUGAGGGGGAAAAAAACAAUUUACUGUUGUAUAACACAAUACAGGCCUAUACUGUAAAAUGAUGGUGGUGUGCAGAAUGUCUGUUGGCUCAUUUUUCUCAAGAAAGUUAAAGUUCACAGUGGCCAUCUACACAAGGCUGAACAACAUACUGCUUGAAAGCACAGAAGGGUCAAAAAGUGCCUAGACAUAGAUUGUACAGCAUAUUCUAAUAAAAUAUGGAGACUUAUGGACAGAUGCAUCCUGAAUUUAUUGUUACGGAUGUUGAAUUGCUGGAACCGAGAUGUUAUGUUAAAGGUGCGAUAUACGUAGGUUUUUGCUAUCGCUACAAAGCCAACGUUAGCAUUAACAGCGGUUUACUUACCACUGUAAAAGAAACGUUGUGAGUUCAGCAUCAAACUUAAUUCCUUUACGCGCCAAGAGCUGUUGUAUUGUAACCUCUUGUGAACACAACAAUAGCUGAAGUUCUUGGUGAGUAAACAGCUGUUAAUGCUAACGUUGGCUAUGUAGGGAUAGCAAAAACUUACAUAUAGUCCCUUUAAAGUAUUGUCAGCUGUCUUUUGUAAUAGCGGAAUAGGCUGAACCUUCAUGGGACUUUUGUGGAUUCUUUUGAUUUAUUUCUGUCAUUUUUGGUAUUAGCAAAGCUGGUAUUGAUUGAUUGAUACAUUGUGUCAAAAAUGUAUCUCUAAACUGGCCCCAAAUUGACAUCAGUUUCUAUGAAAACUUGUUAUACUGUAAAAGGAUACUUUAGGACUUUAUGGCUGUCUUCACCAAAUUCCUCUUGUUUUUUUCUUUUACAAAUCUGACUUUACAGUCCUUUUUUUUCUUUUCCCGCCUUUUUUUCUAUGUUGACAAGGCUUCAGUUUGAAGUGGUGAACGUGGACUUGUGAUAAUGUUUAGUAAAAAGCAUUUCCAACACAACUGACAGUAUGUGAAGAACUUUAUUUUUUUACAUCAGUGUAUCCACUACAUAUAGUAUAUACUGUAGAAACAUGUUUCAUGAUUUUCCGCUGGGGGACCGGGCAGUUGAUGUAAAGAUCUGGUAACACCGUUUGUGAAGAGCUUGGACGUAUUUAUCCGAUCCUCUUCAGUUUGAAACAGUAUAUCUGCUGUUUUCAAAAACACUCAAUAAAGAGACUUUUCAUUCAGAUGUUUUGCUUUAGUUUCUUUGUUUUGUCAUACCACCAAGUGAACAAUGAUCUGCUUAUUGAUUUAAUUUUUCUCAACCUUUGAUUUCCUGGUUUAGGUCUUUACGCAUUUACAUUUAGUACAAACAUUCAUGUUUUCCUCAGGAUGAGCUGUAAAUUGACUUCAUGAAUCUCUGGCAUCAUGUCAAAAUUUGAAUGUUUCCAAUACUUUAGUUUACAUCUACUUAGCCUCAGCUGUACUUUGUUUCGUGCAAAGUAGCAAAUGUCACCGUGUUAACAAGCUAAACUAAUAUGGUGUUGGUGAAGUAUUGGUACCCUCACACCUCACUGAAACAAUGCUCCAUUAUUCCUGAA